AUGGCCACUUCGGAAGCACAUAGAGAUGCUAAAAAAUCACCUCGUAAUACAGGAUCAUCAUCAAAUGGAAACAAUCUUUCACCAAAUCCUGGCGUGCCAUCGUUUUAUAAACCAGAUAAUCCUAGUAGCAAUAGUUCAACUAUAGCAUCGAAUGAUCAAACUCGUUCUGACCGUUCCAAUUACAAUCGCGGUAUUUCUGUUAAUUCCAGUAAUCAACCAACAACUGGCAUCAAUAGCAACACUGAUGACAUGAUCGGCAAAACUGUCCAAUUCGGCAAAGACUCAUACGUCAUCAGAGGUUAUAUUACAUGUGGAGAACAUCAGUUAUUUGCACUUGAAUGUGAAAGAUUCAUAACAGGCUAUAGUGAUUUAUGUCCGAAAUGUGGUAAAAAACAUGUUGAACUACACAAAAACCGUGGCUUUUAUGCUUCGGUAAAUUCUGUCUAUAACGCGCUUGGACAACAACAGUUAGAAAAAGAACGUUUACAAGGUCGGAAAAAAAUUGAACAAUUAGUCAGUAUUACCGAUAAUUUACCUCCACUUGAUCGCCCAGUACUUGGUGAAAAUAAAGGCAUUGAAGGCGAUUCAAAUUCAUGCUAUAUGGAUGCAACUAUUUUCUGUAUGUUUGCUUAUUGUAAUGUAUUUGAUUCAUUACUACAUAUGGAAACUGACAAAAAUUCCAUAGAAAAAUUACAACAGUUGUUAAGAGACAAUAUUGUGCAUGUACUUCGAAGUAAUAUUGGUUUCGUUGAACGUGAUGCUUUAUAUAAUUUACGAGCUCAAUUAAGUGAAGCAACUGGUGAUCCAUCAUUUAAAGAAAAGGAAAAAGAUCCAAGUGAAUUUUUACGAGCACUUGAAGAACAUUUUCACUAUGCACCAUUAAAAACUAUUCCACCUGAUCAAUCACCAAAUCCAAAUGCAUCUAAUGUAACAACAAAUAUUAUGUGGGAAAUGUUUGAUGCUAAUCCACAAAAUUUGCUUUCAACAAAGAUAGCUAGUAUAUUUCGAAAUUCACUUUCUGAGAUUCCAGUUAAAUUAGCAACUAUUCCACCUUUUCUUAUUUUGGUUGCUCCACGUCAUACACCUUCAAAACGCUCUUAUCGUUAUAUUAUACCUGAUCGUCAAAUUAUUCUUGACAACGAUAUUGUACAACUUGUUUGUGUCAAAUGUGGAAAAACAAAUCAUGGUCAAGAUCAGCCACAUGAUUUUUUUUCAUGUGAUGAAUGCUAUUCGAAAGAAUCAUCAUCAUUAACCAUAUCAACAACCGAUGCUAAGGUUUUAUGUUAUUGUAGAGCUUGUUUAACUAAAUUGCAUAAAGACCGAACUCACGAAAUCGUUAAUCAUACUACAAGAAAAAUUGACAUGAACAAACAUAAACUUAAUCUCUUUGCUGUAUUAUGUAUUGAAACAAGUCACUAUGUUGCUUUUGUCAAAUGUAAACAACAAAGUCAACGACAUGAAUGGCUGUUUUUCGAUAGUAUGAGUGAUCGAAUUCAUAAUGAAAAGAAUAUACCUCUUGUCGAUCGUGUACCUGAUUUUGAUCGAUGGAUUGAUGAUGCUGAACAAGAUAAAUAUUUCUUUGAAGAUCUAGAUAGAGUUCGAAGUCAAGCAAGACCAUCUUCACAAAAAUUCGAUGAAAAUGGUAUGCGACAAUUACGUUUGUUUCGUGAUGGUGCUUUUUUCUUCUAUGAAAAUUCAAGUGUUAAUUAUCAAUAA